CUUCUUCGUGGGAGUCACUUUUCCCCAUUUUGUAUCGAUCAUUUAUCUAAUUUACAAAAAGUGCAGCCAAAAAGCAAAAGCAAAAGCAACAUCACUACAAAACACAACAGCGAUCAAUCUCUCAAAAAGUUGAAAUGCAAAUUCAAAAGAUCCCGAUAUAUACCGACUUCAUACGUCCGUACAAGAAUGAAUCUCGAUUAUACUUUUUCAGCAGAACAUAUGUUUCCAUUGCAAGAACAUCGGUCUACAACAACAGAUUCAGUUGGAUUUUAGUGCUUUUACUGAAGCUGGUUCGAGAUGGCAAGCACGAGUGGGACGAAAGAUGUUGGGCCACCGAGGUCGCUGUCAAGGAGGAGUUCCGCCAUGAUUGAUCCAUAUGCGGACGACAACUCUAUCGUUGACAGUGAGCUCGUGCCAUCGUCACUUGCUUCUGUUGCUCCAAUCCUUCGUGUUGCUAAUGAAAUCGAGAAGGCUAACCCCAGAGUUGCUUACUUGUGUCGGUUUCAUGCAUUUGAGAAGGCACACAGGAUGGACUCUAAAUCUACAGGACGUGGUGUUCGCCAAUUUAAGACCUACCUGCUACAUAGACUUCAGAAGGAAGAAAAAGAGACAAAACCCCGAUUAGCAAACAGUGAUCCUAAGGAAAUACAGAAAUACUACCAAAACUUCUAUGAGAAAAACAUCAGAGAUGGUCAAGAUACAAAGAAACCUGAGGAGAUGGCUAAGAUUAUUCAGAUUGCAACGGUCUUGUAUGAUGUAUUGAGGACAGUGGUACUACCUUCUACAAAAAUUGAAGAUGAGACUCAAAGAUAUGCAAAAGAUGUAGAAGAGAAAAAGGAACAAUAUGAGCACUACAACAUUCUUCCUUUAUAUGCUGUUGGGGUUAAACCUGCAAUUAUGGAGCUUCCUGAGAUUAAAGCGGCUCUUCGAGCUCUUCGUAAUGUGGAUAAUCUUCCACUUCUUAGAAAGCCUGGGGAUAGGGACAAAUCUGUUAUUGAUAUACUCGAAUGGCUAUCUUUAAUUUUUGGGUUUCAGAAAGGAAAUGUUGCAAAUCAGAGGGAACACUUAAUCUUGCUGCUUGCAAAUAUUGAUACAAGAUCAAAGAGUGUUGAAGAUUAUGAACAGUUGGAUGGCUACACUGUACAACAAUUAAUGGAUAAAACAUUCAAGAACUAUACUUCAUGGUGUGAUUAUUUGCACUGCAAAUCAAACCUCAAGUUUGAACCUGAUGCUGAUAGGCAGCAGUUAGAGCUUCUUUACAUUGGACUCUAUCUGCUUAUUUGGGGUGAAGCUUCAAAUAUCCGCUUCAUGCCUGAAUGUCUUUGCUAUAUUUUCCAUAAUAUGGCGAAUGAAAUUCAUGGAAUUUUGUUUGGUAAUGUUGAAUCUGUAAGUGGGGCCAGAUAUCAACCUGAAGCAGUUGAAGAAGAAUCGUUUCUGCAAGAUGUUGUGUCCCCUAUUUAUGAAGUUAUGCGUAAGGAAGCCAGGAGAAAUCGAGGUGGCAAAGCAAGCCAUUCUUCUUGGAGAAACUAUGAUGAUCUCAAUGAGUACUUUUGGUCUGACAAAUGCUUCAAAUUAGGAUGGCCAAUGGACCCCACAUCUGACUUUUUUGUCAACUCUAACGAUGAAUUGCUACAAAAUGAUGAACACUUUAAAGUCAUAUCUGGAAAGAAGAAGCCUAAAACAAAUUUUGUUGAAGUGCGAACAUUUUUGCACCUUUACAGAAGUUUUGAUCGGAUGUGGAUGUUUCUUAUAUUAUGUUUUCAGGCUAUGGUAAUUGUUGCAUGGCAUGGAGACGGAUCAAUAUUUGGCAUAUUUGAUGAUGGUGUUUUUGAGAGUAUUUUGAGCAUGUUCAUUACAUCUGCUGUCCUCAACUUUUUCCAAGCUGGUUUAGAUAUAAUUCUUAGCUUCAAUGCUUGGAGGAGUUUAAAACGUACUCAGAUACUUCGCUACCUUCUUAAAUUUACAAUUGCUGCCUUUUGGGUGGUGAUAUUACCCAUUGGUUAUUCAAGAUCUGUUUCAAAUCCAACUGGGGUUGUUAAGUUUUUCAGUACUCUUGGAGGAAAUGGGAGGGAUGAGUCGCUUUAUAACUAUCUUGUUGCAAUUUAUUUGGCACCCACCAUUUUGUCUGCAUUGCUAUUUAUGUUCCCACCCUUGCGGAGAUCCAUGGAGCGCUCCAACUGGCGUGUAGCUGUCCUUCUAAUGUGGUGGGCCCAGCCAAAGCUGUAUGUUGGUAGAGGGAUGCAUGAGGGCAUGUUUUCCCUUUUGAAGUAUACACUGUUUUGGAUUCUUCUGCUACUAAGCAAGUUCGCAUUCAGCUACUAUGUGGAGAUAUUGCCUCUGGUCGCACCAACAAAAACAAUCAUGAAUAUGUCAGUUAGCAAAUAUGAAUGGCAUGAAUUCUUUCCUAAUGUGACUCACAAUAUUGGGGUUGUCAUUUCCAUUUGGGGACCAAUUGUCAUGAUUUAUUUCAUGGAUGCACAAAUUUGGUAUGCAAUAUUUGCUACUAUUAUUGGUGGAAUCUAUGGAGCCUUUAGUCACUUGGGUGAGAUUCGGACACUUGGAAUGCUGCGUUCCCGAUUUGAUUCAGUUCCAUCAGCUUUCUAUGAACGCCUUGUACCGAUGCAAAAAGAAGAACAUAAAAGAGACCCUUUGGAGAAUGAUUCAUUGGUGAGGAAAAACAUAGCAAAAUUUUCACAAGUGUGGAAUGAGUUCAUAUUUUCGUUGCGGAUGGAGGACUUGAUCAGCAACAGUGAGAGAGAUCUACUGCUUGUACCAUAUACAACAAGUGUUGUCCCAGUUAUCCAAUGGCCACCUUUCCUGCUUGCUAGCAAGAUCCCAAUUGCAUUAGACAUGGCCAAAGAUUUUAAAGGAAAGGAAGAUGCAGACCUCUUUAGAAAGAUCAGUAAUGAUGACUAUAUGCAUUCAGCAGUUAUCGAGUGCUACCAAACAUUAAAGGGAAUAUUAUAUGGUAUUCUUGAUGAUGAUGGGGAUAAAAUGAUCAUACGUCAUAUAUGCAAUGAAAUUGAUACUAGCAUCCAAACACGAUUGUUCUUAAGUAAAUUUCGGAUGAGUGGAUUGCCAUCACUCAAUGAUAAGUUGGAGAAAUUCUUAAGCCAUCUGCUAACAGAGUAUGAUAAUGCUGAGAAAUAUACAUCCCAAAUUAUUAAUGUCCUUCAAGAUCUUAUGGAGGUUAUUACACAAGAUGUUAUGAUUAAUGGACACGAAAUACUUGAAAGUGUUCAUUCUCAUCUUCAGGACAAUGACAAAAAGGAGAGAUUUGUACGGAUUAAUCUCAGGCUCACUCGCGUUAAAUCUUGGAAGGAGAAGGUAGUGAGACUCCAUUUGCUUAUGACUGUUAAGGAAUCUGCAAUUAACGUGCCUAUGAAUUUGGAGGCUCGUAGACGUAUCACUUUCUUUACAAACUCCUUGUAUAUGAAGAUGCCAAACGCCCCAAAAGUUCACAAUAUGCUGUCAUUUAGUGUAUUGACUCCUUACUAUAAAGAAGAUGUUCUGUAUUCCGAGGAGGAGCUUCAUUUGGAAAACGAAGAUGGAAUUUCAAUCUUAUUUUAUCUUCAAAAGAUAUAUCCAGAUGAAUGGAAGAACUUUGAAGAGCGAAUUAGAAAUCCAAAACUAAAAGCCACUGAAAAAGACAGAACAGAAGCAACACGUCAAUGGGUUUCUUACAGGGGGCAAACACUUUCAAGAACAGUGAGAGGGAUGAUGUACUACAAAGAAGCUCUUGAACUUCAAUGCUUCCUAGACUCUGCUGAUGACAGUGAGAUUUUUAGUGGCUACAGAACAGUUGAUAUGAAUAAAGACCACAGGGUUCUUCUCAAAGAACGUGCACAAGCAUUGGCAGAUCUGAAGUUCACAUAUGUUGUUUCUUGCCAGAUUUAUGGUGCUCAAAAGAAAUCAAGUGAUAAUAGAGAUCAAAGUUGCUAUGCUAACAUACUCAAUCUAAUGCUUACGUAUCCAUCUUUACGUGUGGCUUAUAUAGACGAGAGAGAAGAUACCAUCAAUGGGAAAUCCCAAAAGGUUUACUACUCUGUUCUUGUCAAGGGUGGGGAUAAACUAGAUGAGGAAAUAUAUCGGAUCAAGCUUCCGGGCCCGCCUACAGAAAUUGGUGAAGGAAAACCCGAAAACCAAAACCAUGCGAUUAUUUUCACUCGUGGGGAAGCCCUUCAAACCAUUGACAUGAAUCAGGACAAUUACUUUGAGGAAGCUUUCAAAAUGAGAAAUAUUUUGGAGGAAUUCCAUAGAGUUCAUCAUGGUGAUCGAAGACCAACAAUACUAGGAUUGAGGGAACACAUUUUCACUGGAAGUGUGUCAUCUCUUGCUUGGUUCAUGUCCAAUCAAGAGACAAGUUUUGUAACAAUUGGACAAAGGGUUUUGGCAGACCCUCUGAGGGUGAGGUUUCAUUAUGGCCACCCUGACAUAUUUGACAGAAUAUUCCACAUAACAAGGGGUGGUAUAAGUAAAGCUUCAAAAAUCAUCAACUUGAGUGAGGACAUAUUUUCAGGUUACAAUUCAACUUUACGUGGGGGAUACGUGACACAUCAUGAAUACAUCCAAGUAGGCAAAGGUAGAGAUGUUGGUAUGAAUCAAAUAUCUCAAUUUGAGGCAAAAGUUGCAAAUGGAAAUGGUGAACAGACACUUAGCCGUGAUGUUUAUCGCCUUGGUCGCCGCUUUGACUUUUUUAGAAUGUUGUCAUUCUACUACACCACAAUCGGUUUCUACUUUAGCAGCAUGGUAACUGUACUUGUUGUUUACGUGUUCCUAUACGGAAGAAUGUACAUGGUUUUGAGUGGACUAGAAAAGAAAAUUGUAGAAAAUGCAACUGUUAAAAACAAUAGAGCCCUGGAAGAGGCGUUAGCAACCCAAUCCGUGUUUCAACUAGGGUUACUUUUGGUACUUCCCAUGGCAAUGGAAGUAGGUCUGGAAAGUGGAUUCCGAAGAGCCCUAGGCGAUUUCAUCAUCAUGCAACUUCAAUUAGCCUCCGUAUUUUUCACUUUCCAACUCGGAACAAAAGUUCACUACUACGGGAAAACAAUUCUACACGGAGGUUCAAAAUAUCGCGCUACAGGUCGUGGAUUUGUCAUCUUCCAUGCGAAAUUUGCUGAAAAUUACAGACUAUAUUCGCGGAGUCACUUCGUGAAAGGAUUGGAAUUGGCGAUGUUAUUGGUUAUCUAUCAAGUUUAUGGGGAUACAUACCGUAGUUCGAAUUUGUAUCUGUUUAUAACCUUUUCGAUGUGGUUCUUGGUGGCAUCCUGGUUGUUUGCUCCUUUUGUUUUCAAUCCUUCCGGAUUUGACUGGCAGAAGACGGUGGAAGAUUGGACGGAUUGGAAACGGUGGAUGGGGGAUCGCGGCGGAAUCGGAAUCCCACCGGAUAAAAGUUGGGAAUCCUGGUGGGAUUCGGAACAGGAACAUUUAAGACAUACAAAUAUACGAGGGAGAAUUUUGGAAAUUGUACUUGCAAUUCGGUUCUUUAUUUACCAAUAUGGACUUGUGUAUCACCUUAACAUAGCUCGUGGCAGCCAAAGUAUACUGGUUUAUGGGCUUUCUUGGUUGGUCAUGAUAACUGCUCUUCUAGGGUUAAAGCUGGUUUCAAUGGGAAGACGGAGAUUUGGGACAGAUUUUCAACUCAUGUUCAGAAUCUUGAAGGCGCUUCUUUUCCUAGGAUUCUUAUCAAUUAUGACUGUUCUAUUUGUUGUAUGCAGCCUCACUUUAAGCGACAUAUUUGCUGCUUUUCUUGCUUUCCUCCCAACAGGCUGGGCAUUUCUCCUCAUUGGUCAGGCAUGCAGGCCUUGUGUAAAAGGGAUUGGAUUUUGGGGUUCAAUAAUGGAGUUGGGACGAGCGUAUGAGUGUGUGAUGGGAUUGGUGAUAUUUAUGCCGAUUGUUAUAUUAUCGUGGUUUCCAUUUGUGUCUGAGUUCCAGACACGCCUUUUGUUCAAUCAAGCAUUCAGCAGAGGUCUGCAAAUCUCGAUGAUUCUUGCCGGGAAGAAAGACAAGACUCAAUCUGCUUGAGCCCUGAUCAUGCUUUUUGUAAAUUGUAAUUAUUAGAACAACGACAUCAAUAUCUUUUUUACUUAGUAUGAAACUAGGUAUUUUGUUAUUUUAUUCAAGAGGUAUAAGUAAAGACUUAAUUACAUAAAA